CAGCCCAUAUCCUGCCGUGCGGCAGUAGCCUGGGAAGCUGGUAAACCACUUACGAUAGAAACAGUUGAAGUGGCACCACCCAAAGCUGGUGAGGUACGCAUCAAGAUUAUCGCUACUGGUGUCUGUCACACAGACAGUCACACUCUUAGUGGCAAUGACUCUGAGGGAAAGUUUCCUGUUAUUCUUGGACAUGAAGGAGGCGGCACUGUUGAAAGUGUAGGAGAAGGAGUAACAAGAGUUAAACCUGGUAAGUCCUGUGCAAAGUUUGAUUCAUCUCUUGAAAUUGUAUUUGAGUACAGUCAAACCUUAAUGUGCGUACAGAGAAAGACCAGAUUUUCCUCUUCACUGUUUUGCUGUGUGCAUGUAGCUAGACCAUUCCAUGAAAUCACUCUCAUUUCAGCUUGUUUUAACACCCUUUGCCACCCUGCACAAAUCAGAGAUCAAAAUAAUUGUCUUUCAGAGUAAGGAUCAUUUUGCCAAUAUGGGUGGCUAAGAGGUGAUGAUGGUUGCUAUAUAGGAUUAAAUCUAAGUGUAAAUUAGCUAUCAAUAUUAUUAAAGAAAAAGUAAAAAUGUUCUACAUGACAAUAAUGAUGAUGAUGAUGAAGACUAUGAUGAGAAGAACAGAAAAUCUCCCAUGUAGAUCAUUAAUCUUGUAUAUUACUCUUGUAAUACUUCAGUGUUUACAUUACCUGCCCAGUAGUGGUAGCGACCAGUUCUUGAAAACACCAAAACUUUGCCAGUCAAAACCUUAUAGCUGGAACCUCUCAUAAAUGGCCACCUCCUGUAAGAGAUCUACAAUCACUUUUUGAGAUGACGGGCUAAUUUUUCAGCUGCCCCUAGCAGUUUGCUAGGAUUUGAGUAUGCACUAUGAUUGGCCUGUAGUCAAUUUGUCAUUCAGGUUGAAAGGAAAUUCUAAAUGCACUUGUAGUCAUUUUAUUGGGUCUGAAGACUGAAGAGGGGUGGGGGGGGAGGGGUCAGAGCAAGGAUCUUGGCACUGAUUUAUAGACAUCACUGACUGGGGCUAGAUUGCAUCUGUGAUGUAGCAGGCAAGCUGAGUCAAGAGUGCUAGUUAUAAGGACAUUUCAUGAUGCCAUUUUUUUGGCAGGUGACCAUGUUAUUCCACUUUAUAUCCCUCAAUGUGGAGAAUGCAAGUUUUGUAAAAGCCCCAAGACCAACCUUUGCAGUACAAUAAGGUAAAUACCAUUUUUAUUUUACAUGUGUAUAUCAAUUGUCUGCAGACUCAGGCUAAUGCUACAUUAUUUAAGCAAUAGAAAACGUUUUCUGUGUUUGCAUAGCCUGAUAUAAACACGAGAGGGGUUGGGAGAAUUCGAGACAGUUAUGCAAACCCGAGACGAAGUCGAGGGUUUGCAUAACCAUCAAGAAUUUUCCCAACGCCUUGAGUGUUUAUAUCAGGCUAUGCAAACACAGGAAAAAGUUUUCUAUUGCUUUUAUAAAAUAACUUUCACGAGAAAAAACGCAAAACUUUAUGUAUGGCACUGAUUAAAAGAGAAAUUCUUACCAGUCGCAAAAUCUUGUCCACGAAGUCUUGCAUGCGUAAUCAGUUCUUGUUUUGCAAAAAGAUGCUUUGCAAAAUACGGAUUUUUAUGUUUAAAAUGCCGGCUUAAGCAAAGAAAAAUUGACUCACCUUCUUUGUAACGAUUUUCCAUGUUUCAGCCGACGAAGGAAUGGGUAAAUAAAGUAAACUUGUCGAGUUUUGAACUCGAAAACUUUUUCAAAUUCGUGCUUGCGUGAUUAGUGCACGAAAAGCCAAACAACUUGACGCCACAACCAUGUUUACAUACUCUCAUGCAAACACUUCUCUCAGCCAAUCAGAGCGCGUGUACUAUCUUAGUUAUUUUAUAAAUUCACAUGGUACCGGGUAGACUUUCGACUAGUUUAAAAGUUUAACUGGACAGGUAGUUCACACAGGACCAUUAAAUAUUUGGGCUCUGUUCACGUGGAACUUUGAAUGGCUAGGCAUCUAACUUUUUGUUGGGUUAAGGUGGUUCCAUGUGAACGGGACAACUACAUGUAAAUGCAUGAAUUUUCUACCGGUUGAACAUUCAUCCAGUGCCAAUAGCCUCAGUGGGAAGAGUGUGUUAUCAUGAUUAUGUUCUAUAAAAAUAUUAUAAUGGGAGGGAAGGGGAAUGGGGUGCCUGUGUAUGGGGUUUUCUUGAAUUUUGAGUUUAGAAAAGUCAUAAAUACAUCUACAUUUACUUGUCCUUAUUACAGAUCAACUCAAGGUCAAGGAGUAAUGCCUGAUGGAACUUCACGAUUCACAUGCAAGGGUCAAACUGUGUAUCAUUUUAUGGGUACAAGCACAUUCAGUGAGUACACUGUUGUUGCUGAGAUUUCAGUUUGCAAGGUAAUGGUUGUGACGUUUUUCUUACAUCAAUAAUUUUAUUUAUUUGGUAUAAUGUAGCUAUAAUAAUUUUCGAGACUUUGUGAGUGUCACUGCAUUUUUUUUUUGACAAAAUAAUAGCCUUCAAGCUGACUGACAGCGUUUCUCACUUUUGCAUUGAAAUUGCACUUUACAAACCGAUUCGGCCAUUGCUUUGAUUUUAUUGUUUUUGCGUUAUUUAAGAAUUGUCUUCAUUUUACUGUUGUUUCUUUAUUUAAAAUACUGUUACGUAACUUGCAUUCCAGGUUGAUGAUAAUGCGCCACUUGAAAAAGUUUGUCUCCUUGGUUGUGGUAUUUCGACUGGAUAUGGUGCAGCACUUAACACAGCGAAGGUACUGAUUCAAGAUAUCUUAUAAUUCCAAUGGAUCCCAGCAAAUAUUUUAAUGCAUCAACUGUGCAUGUUCUUUUGGUUGUAUUAAGUGCUGUUGGGAUUAAACGUCUGAUAUGAAAAUAUUUCCCAGUUUAAGUCAGGCUGUGUCUUCCAUGAAUAUCUUUUCUCCAAUUUUACAAAAAAGAACAGAUUUAUAAUUGAAUAAGUCCUAUCCGGUCCCUGUCUGCAUGUAAAUAACUAUAGAUACGAAAAUUGUUACAAAUUAAAGUGGUUACCUGGACUAUUUCAGUCCUCAAAAUACUGGAUUUGAUACAUUUUUAAUGGUUAAGUGCAGCUUAACCUACAGUAUGCCCACCAGAGCUGACGUUAGGCCUGAUUCAGACCCCAAACUUUUUCGUAAGCCGAACCUAAUUUGAAUUAUGGCCGACCCAAAUUAUUGAGAACGCUGAAUUGAUUCAGACGCCGAUCUUAAUAUUGCAGCUGAACUAAAUCCAAAUAAAGGAGAAAAAUGCUUAUUUCGGUCAAACUGCUUACAAUAAUAUAUGCUUAUAAUAAUAUAAUAAUUAUAUAAUUAUAAUAAUUUAUGCAUCAGGUUCGGUACAUAUAAAGUUCGGCGUUUGAAUCAAAGCCGUUCCAAAGUCACUCCAAAGGCGAAAUUCCUGGCCGGGCUAGGCGAAAAGAAAGGCUGAGCCGUUCCAAAUUUAAACAGGCAUUCCUAUAAUUGAUUCAUGCAGACGCCAAACUUUUCAUGUUCUUAAUUCAAUGUAUUGGUUCAGCUCAUGAAAAGUUCAGCAUCUGAACCAGGCCUUACUGCUUCUGUCUUGUACAGGUAGAGGCUGGUUCUACAACUGCUGUUUGGGGACUGGGAGCUGUUGGACUAGCGACAGUAAUGGGCUGUAAGACUGCUGGGGCCUCAAGGAUUAUUGGGAUAGAUAUCAACCCUGAUAAAUUCCCUGUGGGUAAGUGUUGCUAAAUCAUUGUUCAAAGCACCUCUUGGCCUUUUUUGUUGAGAAUCUGACUUAUCAUAGUACCGGUAUACCAUUUUAUGCAGCUGGGUUACUAUUUCUUUCUAUCAUAUUCAUACAAUUCAUUUUGGAUUAGCUGAAUGAGGCCUGUCAUAUGUAUUCAUAAAGUAAGGCCUGGUUGUUUUUUUUAAUCCAUUUAAUAUUAAAUUUUGAUUGCAUUUUUUUUUUACUUUUGUUUUUAACAGCUAAAGAAUUUGGCUGUACAGAAUUUGUCAAUCCAAAGGACCAUGAAAAACCCAUUCAGCAGGUCUGGGAAGACUGGUUUUUGCUUUUUGUUAAACGUUAAUGUUUGAAAUGUUAAAGAGAUUUAGUGUAAUAAGGAUACUGUAAAAUUCCGAAAGUAAGCCCCGGUGCUUAUAUUUUUCAAAGGCCCUUGGCUUAUCUAUUGGAGGGAAAUUUGCAUUUCAAAAUUGAUUGGGCUACCCUUAUAGUUGGAAGGAAAUUUGCCAUUUUUGCUUUGUUUUACUUUGUAUUUGAGGGCAAUUUUCCAAGUACAAUCCCCUGGGGGGCUUAUAGUUGGAGGGGCAAUUUAACGGAGGGUUUUUUGCGUUACUGGUUUGGGGGCUUGUUACGCUGCAAAAUGUAAUAACAUUGACGCAAAAUGUAAUAAAAUUUUCAACGCAAAAUGUAAUAAAAUUUUCAACGCAAAAUGUAAUAAUCUUUCAACGCAAAUUGUAAUAACUUUUCUAACGCAUAAUGUAAUAACUCAAAAUGUAAUAAUUUCCGAAUAACGACAUGCAUGCUAUUUCAAAAUCGGUAUUGUGGCUCAGUAAUCAGUAGCUGAUCCAGAUCUUCAUUUGAAUUAUUAUUAUCAAUAUUGAUGUUAAUAAUAGUAAUAAUAUUUAUUUUCUUCUUCUUCUUCUUCUUCUUCUUCUUAUUAUUAUUAUUAUUAAUGAAAUAACGGCUUCCGUGCUGAGCUAGUCUCCCUCGCAGCCGUGUUUUGUCUCGUCACGCAACACUCUUCCCCAACAAAGGAGGAGGAGCGUUGUGUGACGAGACAAAAAUAGCUGCAAGAGCUUGCUGUACUGUACCACCACUGUAGCAACUGAGAGACUUGGUUUAAUUUCAGAUGUUGAAUUUAAUUCAGUCAAAUAAAAUAGCUGUUGUCGAAAACAAGUAAUAGAAUCAACUUUCAAAGCAUAAUUGAAAUGCAUUUAAAAUAUAAGAUAUCUGUCAAACUUUUUUUCAUGAGAACCAGACAACUUUGGCUGUAGCUUACUUUUCCUAAGUUCUCACUUAAUAGAGGCUGAAUUGUUCUUAAUGCUGUUUUUUAGGUCGAAGUUUCUUUUAUGUUGAAGUUUCCAAGCUUUGCAAAGUCAAAUCAGUUUGCCUUGUAAGGCAGUUGUCGUUUGCCUAGAACAGAUAGCGCAAAAAUUUUUUAAUUAGCCCAGUAACGCAUUUUUGAUUGGAGUAGAGCUAAGCUGAUGCACAAAAAUAUUGAAUUUGCCUGGCAAGGCAGUUGUGGUUAGAAGACAGGCCAUCCUCUUUUUCUUUCUCCGUUUAGCGUCGUCCGACUGACCCAAAUUUUUGGCAUUUUCAAAAAAAAAGUAAUGACGUAGUUAAAUCAUUUUUCACUUGAAAUAAUUCUUUUAAUCUGAAAAAUGAGCAUAGUAACAGCAUAGAGAAAAACAGGAAUAAAGACAUGAACAUUUUUUACAGUAUANUAAAUGUCCUGUAAUGCAUAUGUAGAUAUCAUUAUGGUUGUUUUGUUCUAUAAGGUCCUUAUAGAAAUGACAGAUGGAGGCCUGGACUAUACAUUUGAGUGCAUUGGAAAUGUCAAAACAAUGGUAUGAACUACUGUAUGUACAUACACACUUUAUGUCUUAUAAAUGUGGUACAUAGUUUAAUAUUAUUUAUUUUUGUAAGCAAUCCUGGAAACAGGUUUUUGUAGAUAGAAUCGUUCUUGUAAGUCUUAUUUUUAGGGGGUGGGGCAUUUUUAGUGUCCCCACAAAUCCCCCUCUAUUGACCAAGAAGUACCCUCCAUUGAUUAUUAUGGAUAUGUUUGGGAAUAAUGUAUUGUAACAACUAAGGAUGGUUUAGGGUAAGAGGAAUUUUAUGUGUAUUACAAAUGACAAAUGAAAAAUUUGGCCGCGAUAUAAGAACCAUGAUUUCCCCUGCUGCCUUAGAAUACUGACAUGGAUGCUGUUGUUUUUAAGCGUGCUGCUUUGGAAGCCUGUCACAAAGGAUGGGGAACAUCUGUCAUUAUUGGAGUUGCUGGAGCGGGACAGGAGAUAUCCACAAGGCCUUUCCAACUUGUGACUGGAAGAGUCUGGAAAGGAACUGCAUUUGGAGGUUCAAAUUAUCAAUUUACUCAUUGACUCCCUUAAUUUCCUAAUUAUUCAGGGAUGCUUAGGUCUACAUUGUAAUUUGUUGUUUAGCAUAAUAAGGUCUGAGAAACGAAGGUAUAUAAUUUAAAUGCCAUGUUUCAUGCGAGGAAAUCUCAUUAGGAUAUCUCAAGUAUUUUUUACCUGGUCACUGUGUGCCUCACUGUCUCCAUAACAUAACUAAACAAAGCCCUGUGUUAUAGUUGUGCAUUACCCCUAGACAGUUCAUUAUCUUUAAGAGCUGAGCCUUGUGAGAGACUUGCUCUUAUCUAUUUUCUUUACACCCCGAAAUUUCAAGGCAUAUAUAACAAAAUUAUUAUCCGUAAGAGUAAAGAGCAGUGAAAUUCAGACUGCAAUUUGUUGAAAGCGAAAGAACAAGAAGAAAACUCAGAACGGUUUGGGUGCAUGUUUUAGUUAAUACAUCUGUGUGCAUUGAUGCUAAUUGACAAACAAGGACACUUGUUAUAAUGACAGUAAGGUCACAGCCAGGCUGGAAACACACAUUUAGCUCACGCUGAUGGGAUUGACAAAACACCUUCAAAUAACUUUAAACUGACUUUUGAUCUCUUUCACAUCUCCAUUCUGUGUUUUUUCUUAAGUUCAAGAUUAUUUUGAUGAAAGUCCAUGGAAGUUAGAUUAUCCUUUUAAUAGACAAUAUUUAGACUUGAGAGAAGCUUCAAUCGACUUUAGUCCGAUGCAGUUAUUGUAACAAAGUCGACGAAGUGUUUGGGAGCCUUACUAGUGUUGAGCAUUUGGGGGUCGUCCUCGUAGAGCAUCCGCUAUAACUUCUUGGAUCGUGUAUUGAAACAGUAAACAGUAAUAGACCUAGUAUUAAGCCCUGGGGAACACUAAAAACUAUUUACUUGUAAUGACAGGUUGGAAGAGUUGCGACAGCGUUCCCAAACUCGUGGAAGAUUACUUGGCAGGCAAGCUUAAGGUGGAUGAGUUUAUCACUCACACGAUGCCACUGGAUAAAAUUAGUGAAGCUUUUGAUCUCAUGCAUGCUGGGAAAAGGUUUGAUCAUACAGUAGAUGUUAUAUCGUGA